AUGUCUACAUCUAAAACGAUACAUGAAUAUUUCGGACGAAAAGUGUCAGAUUGGGAUAUUGUUAGAUUCCUCGAUGAAUGUACCAAUAUAGAAUCUUAUAGACAAAAAAUAGAAUGCUACUUAUCAUCUCUCGAGUUGAUAGCCAGUACUGAGAAUGGUCAAAGGCGUAAAAAAGCGCUGGAACUUCAAAAACUCUACAGGGAGGCAUUCCUCGAGUUAAAAGUCUUAGAGCCUACUGACACUGGUAAUCGACCCGACAAAAAAAGAGCGAAGGAAUGGGAAAAGAUGCAUUCGUAUUCGCGGAUUCAUAUCCAUCGUUCGACUAUAAACGGGACAGUGCAAGGGAUAACAAAUGGUGUAUAUGGGACUAUGAGUGGAGGAGUGUUCGAUGUAAAGCUUGCACCAAAGAGGAGUAAUCAGAAAGAGGAUAAUGACGAAGGUUCAAAGCGGACGAAAAUCGAUCAAUAUUUCCAUGCUCGCGCUGUGACCCCACUCCCGCUUUCACAAGAAAAGAGUAAAAUUAAUGCGGAUUCGCUGGAUUGUAGUGAUGUGGAAGACUCGCCUUCACAAGAACAAGAACUACCACCAGAUGAGACUUCAAAAGAUACGAUUAUGGCGAGGCUCAUUAACAGCAAAAGCAGUAUUGCAAGAUACCGGAUCAUAUUCCUACCAGAACGCAAUUUAUAUGAUCCGAUAAGGCGCCUGUAUGUUAAUAAAGAAUGGUUGAUGAUGGAAUCGACUUGGGAAAAGAUAGAAAAGAAGAUAGUAAGUUCGCUUCCCCCAAUUGCGGAAAACCUGGGAUCACUUUUGGAAAAAUAUAACGGAGCUAUCAUAGACGCCACAACCGGAUAUUACGUUGAUUUGAAUAAAGUUUGGAUUACCAUAAGUAAAACACCAUUUGCAGAUCAGCACAUAUAUUUAUUCGCUAGAGACUGGCCUCUUCAGUGGAUACAACAAAUUUACACCGCCUUCUUGAAAUGUUUCCAGACGCCUUUCAGCCCCCUUUAUGACGCUGAUGCGUCCGAACAAUAUAAUCCGGAUGAAAACGUAAUUACUUCACUUUGA